AUGUUGGAGUCAAGUCGCGAAUGCGCUGACUGUGUUUGCACGAAUGCUACAGCGCCCUCCGUAUCCUCCAUCAAUCGCAUAUUACGAAAUCGCGCUGCAGAACGUGCUGCAGCGGAAUUUGCGCGCGCUACCAGUUACGUUUACAUGCAUCCCACGCAUCCUGGCUUCCCAACUUGGCCGUCGAGCUUACCACCACCACCACCUCACCUCUGGGCGCCUGGCGCAGCAACAGCGGGCGCUGCUGGUGUUGGUGGAGGUUUUCCACAUAGCUUGCCAUCUGGUAGUCUAACGCCGACAAAUUCCAGCAUUUCCAUACCAGCAAUAUCACCCGGUUCGGGUAGUCACGAGACACUGGGUUCACCGGAUGCGAGUCGUAUGAUCGACAUUGAAGGCGAGGACUCUGAUACGGAUGACAGCGAUCAACCCAAAUUUCGUCGCAAUCGCACCACAUUCAGCUCCGAACAGUUGGAUGAGCUGGAAAAGGAGUUCGAGAAGUCACAUUACCCUUGUGUGAGCACAAGAGAGAAAUUAGCAGCGCGCACUGCGCUAAGUGAAGCGAGAGUUCAGGUUUGGUUUUCCAACAGACGAGCGAAAUGGCGCCGACAUCAGCGGGUCAGUCAGCUGAAACAGCGGGGGAGUACCGACUCACCACACCAGACACACGGCCCGAUGCAACGCCACCAUUCACCAGUCAACACACAACGGCCGCAUCAUUUGUUGGAUGUGGAGAAUUACAACAACAACAACAAGGCGAACAGUUAUUACGGCUUGCCAACGGGUGUAACAAAUCAUACGCUGGACUAUACACACAAACUGGUGAACGCUUUCAUCCCUACAGGAAAUCAGGACGGACAGCAAUCUCAUAUGAACACCAUGAAUAUGCAGCAGCAACACCAACAACAACACGAAGCGAUGCACUUCAACAGCGACCCAACGAAAUCAAAAGCUUCACUUCCGCAGCCGCCACCACCACCGGCGUUGGUCUUUCCAUCGCACACAGCAUCAGUUCCAUUAUUAAUGGGCGGUGAGCAUAGCGCCUUCCGCUCAAUGGUGGUGAAUCCUGUGUUGUCCGAGGCAAUGCUUGCGCUCAAUUUCACGCGACAGGUUGUCUCCGCUGCUCAACAGUCGAAGCUGCUGGCGGGCGGUGGCGAAGACGCUGCGGCUGACUCACCACUUUCUCACUCCGGCACACCCUCGCCGACGAACACAAUGCAUUCCAAACUAUCAGAAGAGGAGAUAAAUGUAGUGCAGGAUGUGGAGAAUGGUGGGCGGUGCAAUGAGGAUGCGACGAAUGAUGAGGAAUGAGCAGAUCUGAGUAUGAGAGUUGACCCAAGUACAGUACGCAGGAUUCCCAAGUCUGAUUAAUGCAAUUCUAAGGGAUUGAAGUUGUAUGUAAUAUAUAUAGCAAAGCGAAGUGAUUAGUCUUUAACGGUAUAUUUUAAGAGAGAUAGAUGUAUCAACUUAUAUAGCAAGCUGUGAAAACAGCGCUCUCGUUAUGUAUUAUAUAAUAAUUUUAUGCUCUCAAAUUUAUGAUAUUUAAGUAACUUAGUGCAAUUAACUGUAAAUUAAAAUGAAAGUAACCAA